UAGUUUCGUGUAUAAAAGACAGCGGCAAAAAUUGUCAAGCAUCAAUUGCGAGAUCACAAGUAGAAGUGCUAUUGGCAACAUUUCAAAGAUGAAAUUCGCAUUAGCACUGUUAGCCCUCGUGGCUACAGCCUCCGCCUUUGAGAUCCCCAAUUUCGGCAAAGGUGAACUCCGUCAUGACAUCCAAGAUUUCAUAGACCUCGUACCCGUCGAGAAAGUAGUCCAAAUCACUCUUCAAUACUUCACCGAGGAUAAAGACUUCCAGAGAAUGAUCGAAUACUUCCGAUCUGAAGGAUUUAAACAGCUGGUCAAAGACGUAGAAGAUCUGCCUGAGAUUAAAAUUUUAAUGGAUUACGUCCAUAAUGCCGGUAUCGACAUUUACAAGAUGGUGAACCAAUUGAACUCCGCUCUCAAGCUCCCCCCUCUUACCGCGCCCUCAUAUAUCGUCAGCACAUACAUUACCGGUGGAAUUAAGGGAUUUAUUCAAGACAUUUUGAACGUUUUGCCUCGACAACAGCUUAAGGAUUUGUACGAGAAGAAACUGACGGACUCUAAGGCAUUCGCCGAGUUCAUCACACAAUUGAAAUCCGAGAAUUUCCAGCAAAUCGUCAACAAGGUAUACGCUCAUGUUAAAUUCCAGGAGCUCUUGACACAUGCUAGGAAUGAAGGCAUUGAUCUCAUAGCCAUCAAGGAAGUGUUUGAGACUCUCUGGGGCAUUAAAGUUCCCGUUUACUAAUUAUCAGGAACAUCAGCGCUACAAUGAAGUAAUUUUUUGUUAUCACAAUUAUGUCAAUAGUAUUUUCAAAAUUACUAUCUCAUAAAUGUUAAGAACUAUCCGGUUACGUAAUGUUAUAUGCUUCACUUGUGCAAAGUAAUAAAUAAAAAUCUCGUAUUGCAUUA